CCGGGUUGAAAAAGAAACAGAAAUAUUCAAGAUCAAAGUUUACAAUCUACAUUUUUUACAUUUGUUGGAUCAAAAGAGGAUGAACAGUGUCAGCUAGAGUGAAGAAGAUGGCUGAAGCAAACAUGAAUCAAGAUGGCACAAAGAAUGAAGAAGAUGACAACUGGGAGGAUGUUGAGGACACAAUAGAGGAUGAACUUGUCUGCGCUGUCUGCUAUGAGUUGAUGGUACAACCCACAACACUGAACUGUGGCCAUAGCUUCUGCCGCUGUUGUUUGGCCAAGUCUAUCCUCCAGUCACGUAAAACAAUAUGCCCAAUGUGCAACCAAGUGUGGAGGGGACAUCCUAAGGUUAAUGUCGCACUUAGAUCCACAAUAAGCCGAUCACAUCCAGAUGACUUAAAGCACAGAAUUGCAGAAAUUGAUACUGAUCCUACAAACCAAACUGCUGUGAAGAAAUUUGAUGAACUUUUGAAACAAAGUGCAUAUCAACAUCAAAGGCAACACGAACAGGGGCUUAUGCAGUUCCAGCCCCUAGCUGAGCAACGCAUAAAUCAAAAUAUUAACAUUAACCAACAAGCUAUUGAUGAUGGAAUCACAUUUUGCAAACAGUGUCUGACAUUGACUGGUGCAGCCAUAGUGAUCUUACUUGCAAUAUUUUUAGUUGUCUACUGGGUAAGCCAAUCGACAGAGAAGAUAUCAGAGAACCCAGUAAAUAAAUGGACUGUGGACGAUGUUCAGAGUUGGCUCGAAGGCCUAGGUCCCUGGGCUCCUAAAUUGUAUGGGGAAGCAUUUAAGACAAAUCAGAUUGAUGGUUCACUAUUGAAACACCUAAAUGAAGAAGACUUGAAAACAGUGUUUGGAAUGGAGAACCCAGUCCAUCUUCGAGUCUUUAUGACAUCACUGUAUGCUCAUCGGGACUUUGGACCUGACAUUCCGACAGAUUUUUGGGAUUACCGGCAAAUGUUUUCCUGGCGGUGCCAUCUAUUGAUGAUCUGGAUUCCUUAUUGCCCCAGAUUUUCUCUCGCCUUAUUGGCAUUCUGGAAGUACAGUGACAUGUUCCUCCCUUUUAUGAAGUACACAGUCAUUGGGGGAUUUAAUGUAACUGAAGUUAACCUUUAUACCCAUCAGUUUGAGCCACUUGGGGUGAUAGGUUGGAUUGAAGUUCUAUGGGGCUGCCUUGCUGUCCCGUACAUGUUGAUUGCAGUCUUUGCGAAGUCUUUCAUCGCAACAAACACACUUGCUGCUGUCAUCACUAUCACACAUUGUAUUGCAUUGACAGCUAAUGAGGCCCAGACCCUGUAUAUUUUGUUUCGAUCGUCCGAUUUCAAAAGAAAGCAUAUUCUGCAUAAUGAAUGGAUAUCUCUUAAAAGCGGGAUGAAAACAAAUGUGAUAUAUAUGAUGCUCUCCAUGGUGCUAUGGCCGAUCAUUCCAUCUGGUCUCAUUAGAUUUGGGACCACUGUGUACAUCUACAUCUGGCAGAUUUUAGUAAUUUCACAGUUCUUAAAAAACCAGUAUAAUCUGUUUACUGCCAGGGUUUGAGCUGAGUGUCAUUCCUGUUUUUUUUUGAUACAUACAAGUUGAUUUUUUCAGCCAAUUUAGGAAAAGAACAUUGUAAUUGCCCUGAAAUUCCAUUUGGCAAGCUAGAGCUGUUCACUGGUGAACUCCAACUAUAAAUUGUCUGUGAGUAAAUGGACUGCAGUAAAACCUUUUUAUUCUGAACGCUUCUCAAUGUAAACACUUAUUUCAGAUAACCAUGUUAAAAAACCUUGAGAUGUGAACACCUGCCAAUCUGAAC